AUGUUGGUGGACAUAUGAAGACCCGUUUAUCUUUUGCUGUCAAUGUGCGUUUUGAUGAAAGCCUGCCCACUUUGUGCCUCCAACCAGUCAAGUGAGAGCGAGGAGGCGUUCCAAAUGCAACUGACAUCGGAGUUUGUCUGAAACCAACAACGGUGUAGUACUGGUUAUUGGAAAACUGUUAUGUAAAGUAAACGUCGAGUACACGAGGCCUUAACUGAUUGUUUUUAGCUUUAACGUCGUUGUAUCGUUGUGACAAGCUUCGAAAAACGUCUUUGAGAACCAACUUCCAAGGCUUGAUCAUGGUGAUUCUCUCAUCGAUUGCAUCGCCGCUCGCUCGCCAACUGCACCGACGUCUCAUCAGGCACACUAGGAGCCAGCGGUUUAUGCCAGUGAGAACAUGCAGUCUCAGUGCAUGUUCGAGCAAAUAUGUGCUUUCGCAGAUGCAUCCGAUGUGGCAAGGACCCCUCGCCAUCCCGGGAGGAGAACGUCAAUCUCCAAUCGAUAUCACGGUGCGCAAGAGCAUCUUUGACCCGAACCUGAAGCCGUUGAUUGCGAAGUACGACCCGAGGACCUGUCAACAGAUCUGGAACAACGGCUAUUCUUUCCUGGUGGAGUACGACGACACCACCGAUAACUCCACACUUAAAGGGGGUCCCUUGGAAGACCAGUUCCGGCUUUGUCAGUUUCACUUCCACUGGGGGGAGACCAACGCCUGGGGCUCGGAGCACACUGUGGACCGCCGCCUGUUCCCUGCCGAGCUUCACUUGGUUCACUGGAACUCUGAAAAAUACAGUUUGUUCGAGGAGGCAGUAAUGGAAGAGAAUGGUCUGGCUGUUAUUGGAGUCUUCCUCAAGGUGGGAAAGAGACAUGAGGGGCUCCAGAAACUAGUGGACGCCCUCCCUGCUGUCAGACACAAGGACAGUGUGGUGGAGUUCACCAGGUUUGACCCUGCCUGCUUGCUGCCCACAAACAUUGAUGACUACUGGACCUAUGGAGGGUCACUGACCACACCCCCUCUCACAGAGGCCGUCACCUGGAUCAUCAUGAAGCAGCACAUCGAAGUCAGCCAUGACCAGCUGGCAGUGUUCCGGAGCCUUCUCUUCACCUCAGCGGAGGAGGAAGCCCAGAAGAGCAUGGUCAACAACUUCCGGGUGCAGCAACCACUGAAGGGACGGACAGUGCGUUCGUCCUUCUCCCCAUUCCUCCAGGGGGCGCCACCUGCGGAGGGAGACUACUGACCCGACACCAGAGUCCCAUCUCAUCCAAACAAAAACCCUUCAGCCCAUAUUGGGGACUUUCAAAGUCUUACCUGGUCUUCAGAAGUCAUGCUGUCUGUCAUACUGCCUCUUUAUCACACUGCCUUGUCUGCCUGGCGUUCUGGAGUCGAAGGCCUUGGAACUGCUCAUCCCAUCGCCUAAGCAACAGAGCUUUCGAGCAGUGGAGGUGGUAAGGUGUGGCCAUUUUGAAAGCCUUACUUGGUGCCUGACAUGUUAUGAAAAAGUUGAAUGUUAUAUUUUAAAUCCCUGUUUCUUGGGCAAAAGGGGCAUUUUAUCACGUCUCUGGAUGGUUUUAGUCAAGCAACUUUUUUCUCUUCCUAUCAACAGGCAGACUACGACGUUUUACAAUUAAGUGUUGAUGUUUAAGAGUAAGGGAUAUUUCUGGUGGUCAGUCACUAUUCAUAGCGCCCUCUUGUGGACAUAACAAAAUAAAUUUUAUACAUAUCCAUUAACACUAUAGCGUUGACAGAACUAUGGAAAUAGUUUGAAGGUUUAAAACACAUUAAUGGUACAAUGCUGAAGAAGAUUUGGUUUGUUAGAUUCACUCUGAAGAGAAGUCGCCGUUUCAAAUAGUAGUUAGGCUUACCUAAACGACUAUUAUAAAGAAUGUACAUCUUCGAAUCUGUAGCUUAGAGCUGAGAGAGAUAAUAUAUGUAUACAGCAUGGCAUCUAGUAGCCUUAGAAGCUGUGCUGAUGGUUCAUCUUCAGUGAUUUUGCUGGCAUAGAAGGGGCGCCAAUAUAUGCACAAGUCCUUUUUUUUUUUUUCGUAGAAGGGUUGGGGUUGGGAUGGUAGAUGGACAGGGUUGACACUACCCUGGGACCAACAGUUUGAAUCACCUCCAACAAGCUGGAUUGACUAUUUGAAUCACUUCUACCAACCCAAACUGACUGUUCAACAUCAAGAUUGUUCUACUAACCUGUGUCUCCCAACAGGAGAGUGAAGUGGGGAGAGAGGAUGAGUGGGGCGGGUAGGGGGGGGCGGGAGAUGGAGAGAAUGAGCGACUGUUACACUCUGGAUUUCUCAGUAAAAGGGAUGAAGAGCCUUUUGUGAUCAUAAAAACCCAGAAGAAAGCAUUGAUUGGUUAGUUCUGCCUUCUGGGGGUGGGGUAUGUGGUUUGGUCUGGCCUGUGGAGUGAGGGGGAGACCACGGUUUUCUUUGUGAUCUUUCUUUAACAGUGCCUCUCAAAACCAGCCUCUGACAAGGCCCCUGGCUGAAUGAGCCACCUGCCCCCUUCCUCAGCCCCCUGCUGGCCCCCCAGCACCCUUCGGGCCCCACUAGAGGCAUGUGACAGUGAAGCCAACUUGCUCUGAACACUGAAACACUGUCUAAACACAGGAGCAGCUAUCUCCACGCCUCUCCCCUAUCCUUACUUCAUCUACUGUCACCUCUCCCUGUCUCACCUCUCCCUUUAUCACCUCAACUACCCUCACCUAUCCUAACCCUAUCCAUACCCUCACCUUUCCCUAUCUCACAUCUCCCUGUCUCACCUCUCUCUACCCUCAACUCUCCCUUGGCGAGAGGGUUAAGGGGCUGACACACCAAUGCUGGAUAUGGUUGUGAAAUUAUGCAUUUACUGGUUUGAAGUUGGGUGGUUAUUUUAGGGUUGCAUUUUGGAAUAUUGCAAUUUUCUAAUGUACUGUAUGGAGAGUGAAUGAUUGUUGUGUCCUGUAGUAGAUAUACUGACUUUAUCCGUUGUGUCAAAUGUUGUGACUUGUUACAUGCCUUUUGAUGUGGCCCUAUCCAUCCACAAUUUGCCUUUGGUAUUUGCAUUUUCUUCCUCAAUGUUUCUUUUAUAAAAUAAAUUAUAUUAAUAAUUAUGGAAUCUAAUAACAUUAUAAAUCUGAUUGAUGACGGUAAUUUUUUUACUUCUAUGUUUCAGCUGGGGUUACUGAGUGUUUUGAAACGUGUACAUAGGUCUCGAGAAAAUAUGCACACAGUGCACCCUAUGCAUGUUGUACAGGAAGAGGCCUGGGCCCUGUUUGAUGUGAUAGCAGGUGUUGUCCCCAUGCAGGCUGUGUUGACCUAUGUGGGCUUGUGCUGUAGUACAUACUGCUGUUUGUUUAGUCAGUGGGCGUCCACAUUCCUGGACCCUGGGCUGAGAGGCCCUGGGCCCCUAUCCCAACACCUGCUCCCUCAUUGGCUCAGCCCAGCUGUACAACCAGGAAGUGGAGCUGCUGGGUUCCGCAGGGACUGUAACCCUGACAACAACAACCUCUGCUGACAGGAAAUGUAUAGUACUGUAGAAGAUUUUAAGGACAUAAUAUAUGAAUAAAAUGAAAAAGCAACGAGUGCUCA